AUGGGAGGGGUCGCAUUCCCGGCUGCCUUGCUCCAAGCCGUGUUUUCCCAUCGGGACAGGCUGCUGCUGCUGCUGCAGAGCUUCACGGGGUACGCAGAGACGCUGCUGAGCGGGCGGGCGGUGCCACCCGCGCGGGGCCUGGGGCCCUGCAUGUCUGCGGGGCUCACGGCCAGGACCUUCUGGAGCACCAUGCUGAAACUCGGGGCCUUCUGCCAGCUGCUCCGGGACGAGGUUUUGCUGUUGAGCUUGCCCUUGGUCACUGUCCCUUGGCUGCAUUGCUGUCCUAUCUCCACACCUGAUUUAGGCAUUUAUGGUAAUUUCCACUUUGAUCUGGGCUCUGCUUUUGUUCUGUGCUCUCUCCCUCUGGAGAAGGAUUGCAGAUGGGAGAUCCCCACACAGCAAUCCACUCUGCCCUCUGUUCCCCAGGCUGGGAAAUACCAGAAGGAACAUCCAAAAAGCUUCUUGCCGGAUGUUUUGGAGUCAGGAACUGCUCCAGAGGGUGCCCAAUCCACUUCUGUGUGCCUGUGUCCAAGGGUCCAUGUGCUGGGCAGCUCAGGCAGCUCCCAGUCCAGGGCUGGCUCCAGCCAGGCUCAGAGCACCCGCAGUGUCCCCACACAGACACCGGGGUCACCGCUGGGCUCCUGUGACACCUGCUCCAGCGCCCAGGCCAGCCUCCACGAGGUGGGCAGAGCCAUCACCAGCAUCUGCCAGAGCCAGAACAUCCCAUCGGCUCUCAGCAAAUUCCAGGAGGCGCUGGAGGACAGCGCGGGGAGAAGGAACCUCUCUGCAGCAGAUAUGAGCUACUGGGCCACAGAGCAGAGCAAGGACCUCUCCCGGAUCAACAAACACCUCCAGGGACUGCUGCAGCAGGUGAACCCCGUGAAAGCUGAGCUGGAAAACAUGGGCAAACAGAAGGAGAAGCUGCAGAAACAGGUUGAGGACUUUUCCAGGAAACUGCAGGCAGAGAAGGACACCCAAGCAGAGCAGCAGAGGAAGGCUGAGCAGAGCCUGAAAGCCAAGGAAAAGGAGCAUUCUGAGGCUGUGGCCAGGCUGGAGCAGGACAAGGACGACCUCCGGAGAGGAACUGCUCUGCUGGAGGAGCGACUCUCAGCCCUGAAGGAGGAGCUGGCAGCAAAGCAGGUGGCUGUGCAGGAGCUGGAGCUCUCCAAGACCACCUUGCUGGAGGAGAUGAGGACCACAAUGGUGGCCCGGAGCCAGGUGCUGGAGUUGGAGGAGAAGGUGCAGGUGCUCACAGGCCAGAGGGACAGCCUGGAGCAGAAGCUGAGUGCCACCAGUGUGCAGCUGGAGAAGGAGAAGGUCCGUGUGGAGAGCAUGUUCCGGCACGAGGAGUCCCUGCAGGCUAAGCAGAGGGCCCUGCUGCAGCAGCUGGACAGCCUGGACCAGGAGCGUGAGGAGCUGCAGGCCAGUCUAGGAGAGGCUGAGGAGGACAAGGCCCAGCUGGCAGAGCAGCUGCAGCAGAGCCAAGACCAGAGUGGGAAACAGCUCCAGGCACAGCAGGAGCUGCUGGACACGCUGCAGCAGGAGAAGCUGGCACUGGAACAAUCCAUACUGGAGCUGCAGGCAAACACAUCCCGGCUGGAGGAACAGGCACAGGACCUGAGGGAGCGGGAAAGGCUCCUGGUGUUCUUCCCUGAUCUCCACGUCCCCGCUGAGAUGCAGUUUGAGAGCAGCGCGAACUUGACAGAGGACAUGGAGAGUCAACUCCAGGCCAACAAAAUCCGGAUCCAGGUGCUGGAGCGGGAGAAUGCGCAGCUCGAAGCUCUGCUUGCCAAGGUGAAGGCAGCAGCUGAGCAGGGUGUGCUCAAGCUUGUCCCACAGGCCCAGCUGGGGUCCCAGCUCCACAGGGAGGCCAGCAGGCAGGGCACUCCUAGGAGGCUCAGCAGUGGAAGCAGCAGAGCCAGCCCAGGGAUGCUGGGAUGCAUUGACAAGGCCUGGCACAGAGCUCCCAGCAGCCAGCACUCCAGGCAGCUCCGGGCAGAGCCCACGUUCCAGGCCAAACCCUGCCUAACGCUCCCAGUGCGAUGCCUGGGGCUUGGCCUCCCCUCACACCACACCAGGGCUCACCGCAAAUAAACACGGAUCAGUCUGAAUUUCCGAACCGAGAAAUUGUGUUCCACCAGCAGCCACCCAGGGGACCUCGUUACUGGUUCUUUGUGCGUCAGGAAGGCAAAUUCCCUCGGGAAACCUGGGCUCUGCCUUGUUCCUUGGGGAGCUGCUCCAGGGAUGUUCCUGGACUCUACAGCUCAGUCACCCAUGGUUACGCUGCUGCUGGAGUUCCCACAAGAGCCGUGGGGCUGAUGCCAGGGCACAGCAUGUGCUAGCUCCUGCUAGGAACCAUUCCCAAGAGGAGACUGGGAUGUGGCCACACUUGGAAGAGGAAAGCAGAGCAGCCCUUAGCCCACCAGCACAGCCACGACCUGGGAAAGUCCCCCCUCCAUGAGCACCCAGAGGGGCCGGUAACCACUGAGCCACUGGCACAGGCUGGCCCUGAUCUCUGAGCUGCCUCCUCAGCACUGUGAGCCCCAUGCAAGCCCCACACAAACCACACAGCCAGUCCUUGCUCCAUAUUUAAUAGGGAUGGACACGUGCCACAUUGCAGCCUGUGGGGCAGGAUCCAGGCAGGGCCCGUGGUGUGUCCCCAGGCACUGUGCUGGGUGAGCCAAGCCCUCUGUUGGCUCUGCAGCUGACUCGUGCCAUCCUUUCUAAUAACUUAUUAUAAAUAAAGCGUCUGACCCCUGCCCUCCCAUGGUGAGGCCAUGACCAGCCCUAGCCCUGGCAGGUCUGUCACCCACCUCCCAGAGGGGCUUGCACUACAGCCAGGCUCUGCCUACCCUGCCAUGGCCACCAGCAAAUAGACAAAAAACCCAAGACUUAGAAAAAUUGCUGUGAGCAGGGCAAGAGCACAGCAGGACAAGGGCUCUCCCUGCCCCAGCCCCCACCCCAUUACACCCAUGGGUGCCCCAAAUCUUCCCAACACUGCCCAUCUGGCCCCCCCCACCCCUCUACUCACACCCGGCAGGCGAGCCCCGAGUCCUUCCCUCUCCUAAGUCUGGGCACUGUGAGGGCACAGU